AAAUUCAAGGGAAAAUAAAAGGAAAAUGUCUGUAGCGACGGAGGAAAUCAAAGCCAAAGGGGCCGAAGUCUACAAAGGAGACGAGAUUUGCCAAGAGAAAUCCAAGGAAUUGCUGAAGGAAAUCGGUCUUCCAAAUGGUCUUCUGCCAUUGAAAGACAUAGAAGAAUGUGGGAUCGUGAGAGAAACAGGGUAUGUGUGGCUGAAGCAGAAGAAGAACACGACCCACAAGUUCGAGAAGAUCGGGAAGCUGGUGUCGUAUGCGACGGAGGUCACGGCAGUUGUGGAGAAGAACAGGAUCAAGAAACUCACCGGAGUUAAGACCAAGGAGCUUCUGAUUUGGGUGAGUUUGAGUGAUAUCUAUGUGGAUGAUCCGCCCACCGGAAAGAUCACGUUUCAGACUCCGGCGGGGCUGUUUAGGACUUUUCCGGUGUCGGCGUUUCAGGUUGAGGAGGCGUUAAAGCAGGUGAGUGAAAAGGAACAUGGGGUGGGCGCUGUCGGAGUCAAGGAGGUCUGAUCUGUAUGUCUUAUGGUUUUAUAUAAUGAAAUGAAUGUUUUAAUAGCUAAUAAAUCAUGUGUUGUAGCUCGAGAAUUUGGUUUACUGGUCUGUCUGGAUUUGGGAUGAUCCCAUUCAUGUUUUUUUU